AUGGCACCUUCUCAGUCAGAGACAUGUUCACAUGUUCCUAGCCAUGAGGACGCAACUCCAAACAGCGACAUUGAAAAGCAAGAUGACCUCAAUACUCCAAAUGAGCCACAGAAAAAACAAUCAUCCUUUGCAAGCCUCGGGCUACUCGAUCGCUUCCUCGCCCUCUGGAUCUUCCUUGCUAUGGCAAUCGGGAUUAUUCUGGGCAACUUUGUACCCAACACAGGGCCUGCUCUUGAAAAAGGGAAAUUUGUCGGUGUAUCAGUUCCAAUUGCGAUCGGCCUCUUGGUUAUGAUGUAUCCGAUCUUGUGUAAGGUUCGAUUUGAAUCUCUGCACCAUGUGUUUCGAGAAAAGGAAAUUUGGAUACAGAUGGGAUUGAGUUUGGUGCUCAACUGGAUUGUCGCUCCUUUCCUGAUGCUAGGGUUGGCCUGGGCUUUCCUGCCCGACGAGCCAGAAUUGCGACAAGGACUCGUCGUAGUCGGGCUUGCGCGAUGCAUAGCUAUGGUGCUGGUGUGGACCGGUUUAGCAGGGGGCGACAACGAAUACUGCGCCAUUCUGGUUGCUCUGAACUCGAUACUCCAAAUGGUCCUUUUUGCUCCGAUGGGUGUUUUCUUCAUCAGCGUGAUCAGUGGAGACGAAGUCACUUUUGAAUACGCCGUUGCAGCGAAGAGUGUCGCAGUGUUCCUUGGAAUUCCCUUGGGAGCUGCAAUCCUCACGCGGUUCAUCAUUCGAAGGAUUUCCACGAGGUGGUACGACGAGACAUUCUUGAAAUGGCUCAGCCCAUGGUCUUUGAUUGGGUUGCUGUUCACGAUCCUGGUACUGUUCGCCUCUCAAGGUCGCCAUGUGGUGGAACAGAUUGUUUCUGUUGUGCGAGUCGCGGCUCCGCUUAUCGUUUACUUCCUGAUCAUUUUCUUUGCAACUCUUCUCCUUGCUUAUUACUUGGGCUUCGGUUACAAGCUUUCGACUGUGCAGAGCUUUACUGCUGCGAGCAACAAUUUUGAAUUGGCUAUUGCGGUUGCGGUGGCCGUGUUUGGUGCGGACAGCAAUCAGGCUCUUGCGGCAACAGUCGGGCCAUUGAUUGAAGUUCCAGUAUUAUUAGGGCUGGUGUAUGCGGUGAAAUGGAUAGCACGACGGCUUAACUGGAAGGACUGA